AUGGAUUCCGCUAAGCAGCCUGUCAAGCUUGUGAAGGUCACCCGCGUCCUGGGCCGUACCGGCUCCCGCGGUGGUGUCACCCAAGUCCGCGUCGAGUUCAUGGACGACGAGACCCGUUCCAUUAUCCGUAACGUCAAGGGACCCGUCCGUGAGGACGAUAUCCUCUGCUUGCUCGAGUCUGAGCGUGAGGCCCGCAGACUGAGAUAA